CCAUCAUUUGCAGAAGGGCAGUAGAGCCUCUUGUCACAGAAACCAGGACCCCUUGGUUUCCUGAGGCCCAGACGAGGGGCCCAGGGGGCAUCACUCUGCAGCCCAACCACCUGCCCUUUGCCAGUUGGGUUCACUGUGAGGGGGGCCUCGCUAGUGCCGCUGGUGCCGGGUGGGGGUUCACAGGUAAGGUGGGCACUCCAGAAUAGCUGGGCACUUGAUCCUCUUUUUUUCUCACACCUUCUAGACCCCAGCCAGGGCCAGCAGGGCAUCAGAAAGGGCCCAAACAAAGGCAGGACGGGUGAGUCCUCUGGCCCAGGAGGCCAAGGGGGAUGGAUGAAACUUUUCUCCCUAGUGAGGCUGGAGUCCCUAACCCUGUGAGAGGGACUCAGUACAGUCUGAGAAGCGCUGGAGACAGACAGGAAGACGUCAAGGUGGCCCCUGCUCACCUCUCUCCCUUGCUUUGCCCCAUAAACUACACCGUGUCUCCAUCUCUUCCUCUGCAGCAUGAAACCAUCCAGGUGCCCCACCUGUCCAGCCAGCGCAGGUCUGCAGGGGCAGCAAGUGCUUUGUUUGUUCAUUCAGGCCAUAGGUGGACGAGUGAGGACAGGACAGACAGAGGCAAGGUGCCAGGAUGCCUCCUCUGCCCCUCCCUGGGCCGGCUUGAGGCAGCAGUGGCUCUCAGGUCUGGGAUGGCAUGUUUGCAGGCUGGGCUGUCUGAGGGCAGGUCUCCAAGGAUGUUAACACUGAGGAGGUUGCAAGGGCAGGAAGAGAAUUGGAGGGCCAGGGUCCCAGAGGUGCUCUCCAUCUCCCUGUUCCCCGCAGCCCUGCUCCCUCCCCUGCUAGGGCCCAGAAAGGGGGGGGGGGUUGGUUUCCCACCACAGUGCCCCACCUCCCUGCCCACCUGGCUGCACUGAUGGAGGGGCACUCUCCAGGCUCCUUGCCUGCCUCGGAGGCUGUUCUCAGGUCGCCAUUUCCCAUGUCUGUUUGCUCUGGGCUCCUGGCCCUGUGCUGCCCCAGCGCUUUCUUCUGCACGGGUCCUGCCUUUGGUGUCUCACUGUGGCAGGGCCCCUCUGGGUGAACAAGGGCAUUGCAGGCACCCCCUCCCUGGGGUUAGCUCCUGCCCAAGGGGCUGAUGGUGGAAAUCACAGGCUACCAGAGGGCUGGAGCCUGGCUCUGCUCAGACCUAUUUUAGACCUCUGAGCCCCCUUUCCUCUCCAGGCACCCCCUCCCAGCCCUCCUGGCUUGCCCAGCCAAUGCUCAACCUCAGGGUGAAGUUGCUGAGGUACAGCGCAUGGGGGUGGGGACCUGGGGCAGUCCCCCUGGGAAAGGGGCCAGGGGCCAUGUCCAGAGCCUGGCAGUCUCCGAUUGAGGUCCACCCUCCCCAGUCCGUCCUGGGGGCCCUGCCCAGGCAGCCACAGCUCCCAACCACAACAUCCUUUAGGGCUUGGCCUACAGAGCUGGGUGGUUGACCCCAAAUAGCCCUGGGGCACAGCCCAGAGGGUAUAAACGGUUCUAGAGGGCAGGAGGGACAGACCAGCCAUUCCCAAGCAGCAGCCCCAACACAGCCGCUGACGACGCACCAUGAGGCCCCUCACGCUCCUCGCCUUGCUGGCCUUGGUCGCGCUCUGCCUUGCUGGCCGGGCAGAUGCAAAGCCCAGCGGUGCGGAGUCUGUCAAAGGUGCAGCCUUCGUGUCCAAGGAGGAGGGCAGCAAGGUGGUGAGGAGACCCAGGCGCUACCUGGACUACUGGCUGGGAGUCCCAGCCCCUUACCGGGAUCCCCUGGAGCCCAAGAAGGAGGUGUGUGAGCUCAACCCGGACUGCGACGAGCUGGCUGACCACAUUGGCUUCCAGGAGGCCUAUCGGCACUUCUAUGGUGUGGUGUAGGGCACCCCAUUUUGCCGGCCCUUCUGGAGACCCCAGCUCUGGCUCCUCCUCAGGACCCCUUCCCCUUGCCUCACCCUGACUGUCCCCACCUUGUGAGUGUGGGGUCCCCAUCACCCCAUCUGCUCCAAAAAUAAACUCCGAAGAGGAAUUGGUGGGCC